ACCUCAGCUCCCCCUUGAGCUGAGCGCUAACUGCAGGCUGGCCGGAGACCGUUGCUGCUCCUGCCGUGGUAGUUGCUGCUUCCGUACCCGCCGGCUUUCUCUCCACGUUGUGAACUGCUGUCCGGAUACAAACUGACAUCAGAGCUGGACUUAAUUUCUGUCACGGGAAACAAAAACAGCACCUACAAAGUGGUUUGGGAGGAUUUGGGCACGUUGCCCGCCGAGCUUUCUCCUCUGUAGUCCUCCUCCCGAUGGUGAACGUAUUGCCGCGGAAGUGAGGCUUUGACUGAGAGGCCAAUAGCUGAGAGACAUUUGACUGCAUGAAGAGGCCAAGUGGCGGGACCCUGGUCUUCACCUAGACCUCUCCUACGACCCCUCCACUGCCUGGACAUGAGGUUGUUUAGGUCGUUUGCAAAUGAUGACCGCCAUGUCAUGGCCAAGCACGCCAGCAUCUAUCCGGCACCGGAGGAGCUGGAGGCCGUCCAGACGCUGGUGUCUACUGUGGAGGGAGCCCUCAAGAAAGUCUCUGAUUGGAUGGAUGGUCUCAACAAAUCCUCAGGGAAGACAUCCACCAAUAGCGAGGCUGGGGACAGUACACUGGAGAAAGAUGCUGCUGAAACAAAGCUGGACGGCAUGUCAGUGCUGUGCGGGGUGACACGUGUCGGCCUGGUGGCCAAAGGCCUGCUGAUCAAAGGGGACAUGGACCUGGAACUGGUGCUAAUGUGCAGGGAGAAACCCACCAAACUGCUGCUGUACACCAUCAGCGCCAACCUCCCCCUACAGAUCCAGAAAAUGUCAGAGGACAAAUACGAGGUGCAGUCAUGUGUGCCUGAGGCCGCCAUCCAGGUGUGCAGGACCAAAGACCCCCAGCUCAAGCUGAAGAUCACCCUCUCAUCCUUGGCCAUGAGGGAGGAACACAGCAAUCCAGAAGAAGAGGAGGGCAAUCAGCACAACAAAAAAGAGAGGCAGAAGGAUGAGGAGACGGAGGAGGAGCAGGAUGUCCUGGACAGGCAGAAGUGCCAGGCUGCACUGGCUUCGCUCCGACAUGCCAAAUGGUUCCAGGCCAGAGUCACAGAUCUCAAGUCCUGCGUCAUCAUCUUGAGGAUUUUUAGAGACAUGUGCAACAGACUGCCUGAGUGGCAGCCUCUCAAAGGAUGGCCUCUGGAGCUGAUCUGUGAAAAGGCCAUAGCCACCUGCAACCGGCCACUGGGUCCAGGUGAGGCCCUUCGUCGCGUCAUGGAAUGCAUUGCCUCAGGGAUUCUUCUGCCAGGAGGUCCAGGAGUUCAUGACCCCUGUGAGAGGGAACCCACAGACGUCCUGUCUGACCUCAGUGCACAGCAGGCUGACGCUAUCACAGACAGCGCACAGCAUGCAUUACGUCUCCUAGCCUUUGGACAGCUUUACAAGGUCUUGAAUAUGGAUCCUCUACCUGCCAGCAAGCCCUCACCAAGACUGUUAGAAGGCGGCUGUCAGAAGAGGCUUCGGGAGGACGUCGGGUCAGAUGACAGAGACUUCAUCAAAAGGAUGAAAGUUCUGGACUGGAGGAUGACAGAUCCAAACCACCCCAUGAAUGCUCUGAUGCGUCUAAAUCAGAUCCACCCUGGCCUUCAGUACCGCCUGUUGUCCCAGUCCGGCCCAGUGCACGCCCCAGUCUUUACCAUGUCUGUGGACAUACAGGGAACCACCUACCAGGCCACCGGGAACUCUAAGAGAACCGCCAAGCUCCAAGUGGCCCUCAAGGCGCUGCAGGCUCUGGGCUUUGUGCUUGGCGGCGACGGAGACGUGGAUUCGCUAAGCGCCGACGAGAAGUCAGAUGGUGAAGGCAAAAACGACAGGAUGUCCACCAGCUCCAGCUCCACCUCCAUCACCUCCUCCACAGACACACAGGAGUCCAGAGCUCCUGGUCCGAUUCUGACGGCAGGAGGGAAAAACCCGGUGAUGGAACUCAAUGAGAAACGCCGUGGUCUCAAAUACGAGCUGAUAUCAGAGACCGGCAGCAGCUACGACAAACGCUUUAUCAUUGAGGUGGAGGUGGACAAGCAGGUUUUUCGAGGGACAGGACCCAAUAAAAAAGUAGCCAAAGCCAGUGCAGCGUUAGCCGCCCUGAACAGCCUGUUCUCUGGCUCCAAAUCUACGACCAACAAGAAGAAACGGCCCAACCCUCCUCCAAAGAGACCCGUAGCCUCGGUGCUGACCAUACCGGCCCUCACUGCCAGACCUCCACGAGUGCCGGUCAUCCCCAGAGCACCAUACAUCAGCACCCCACCCACACAUGGGUACAUCCCCCCAGGUUUUGGUGCUCCGUACGGUUACAGCCCUGCAGGCGCCCUCCCUCCCUACGGUUUUCCCUCCAGAAUGCCCUCAGUAGUUGUCCCAGUCAUCAGAGUACCCACAGCAUACCCUGUCACCCACCUCUACCACUACUAGGACACUUACCGCACCUCACAUCAUCUCACCUCACUUCACCCACUUGUUAAAGUUACAUUCUGACUUUUUACUGUCCCUUCAUGACAAAAGUUUAAAAAAGCAGCACUGGAAUCCACAAUUGUUUGACUAUAAUCCUGAAUCAGCUUCAGACCCUCCAGUGUCAUUGUUGUGCAGCAUGUUCCCCCUGUGCUGCCCUAGAAACCAGCUAGAUUAAAUUAGCCAUCUGAAAUUUGGACAACAGUUUGAUUGCUAUGUGUGUGAAUGCAAGUUUGACAAACCAGCUCUUUGAUCAUCAAACCAUUGUGCAAUGAAAAACUGAGUUCAGCAUUCAGUGAGCUGCAGAGUGUGAAAGACUGGUCAGAUACAUAUCACACAGUAGGAGGCUAAACAUCUACUACUGGGUACUGA